GUCAGUCGGCGGCUGGGCAAAUUGACCGACGAACUUGUACUGAUAAUCAGUCGCAAAGUGUCAUCCCGCUUGGAAGGUACUACGGAUAUUGGUGAAAACUUGAGCAGCUAAACGCGUCGUGCAAUUUCGUUCAAGAUACCUUACUAUGGGAUUAAAGUUGAAAUGGUUUCGACGAAGGAUCACCUUCGACGGGAUACCAUCGGCACCGGAAAGAGAUAUUCGUCGAAAGGAGGCAACAGCAGGAACUGUAAUUGGCGUGUAUAGACAGAGCACACACUUUGAGGAUUACAUUGAGCCAGUGCGUUCGUCUUAUUGGGAACCUCCACCACAGGCAAUCGCUCGUGCCACAAUUCGUUCGAACGGCAACCUAACAACCACGUCUACAAACAGUCCGUCCAACUCGUACUCGUCUUCCUCCUCAACGUUGCGCGCAAGGGUGACAGCGCAACGUGCCGCACGAACUUCUCAGGUGCCGGUACCCGUACCCACCGGAAUCUCUUCCGUUAGCAGACCUCCUUCAAUGGGCAAUGUCGUCAUUGAGUCUGAUAGCCGUGAUAAGAUAGUACGUCCUCCAGUCGAACGAUUGCAGCUUAAUGCCGACUACGACACACCACCGGAGCCGAACUAUGCUGCACCGAAACCACCCGCUAGAAAGGGAGUUUCCAAGGCAAAAUCUAUGGUGAACCUAACAAAUGGGAGCGACUCCACGCAAGAGGAUGCCAGCAGUGCCAAACAUUUUGGGGAAGAGAGCCACGAACUGCGAUCACCACAAUCGGUUGAGGUUUUAAGUGAUCCGUAUGUACGAGCUAUUUCACCCUCACCUCCUCCAUCGCCUAUUCAUGUAGUACCGAUUGCACCUAUUCCGAGAACGACCUCAAGUAACUCGUUGCCUAUACGCGAGACUGUUCCGAGUCCUGUGAAACGUGAAGUUAGCACCGAACCUGAUUACAUCGUCCCACUCGCUCCCGAGGAAUCGUUAGAUGAGCCGAUCUAUGACUCUUUCAAUGCUAUCUUCGAACGUGUGACAAUACGCAAACCUGUCAGUCCAGGUUCAGAGCGUUCCAACAUGUCGGCACGACCUGAAACUUCAUCACCUCUACCUGAACGGAUGACAUUGAAGUCGACAGAAGAUGAUACGAUAUUCGAGCGAGUGAAGAUUUCUAACUCCCCUACUCGUGAUUCAAUGCGGUCUAUUAGUACACGUACGCCUUCGCCGUCACCGUCGCCUUCAACUUCAUCUUCACCGUCACCGUCACCUCCACCGCAGCAGAAACCAAUACUAAAAGUAACUGCCGUACCAGAUCCACCACCGCAGUCUCCUCCACAGCCGAAAUCAAUUCUUAAAAAACGUGCUCCACCACCUCCACAAAUCCCGAUGGAAGCCACUUCCAGUAUGGUUGAAAUUACCAACGAAAUACUCCCAACCAUUCCAACACCGCCACCACGAUUGACACGAAUUACCGCUACAAAUGAUACACCGGUCACACCAUCCCCUAUCACACCAACAGAGCAAAAGAAAAUUGAAAUUCCUACGGUGGACCCUCAAGCUCCGAUUGCAAUGUCGAAUGGAAAAGAACCCGAUUCCGAUUCUGACGAUGAUUUUAACUGGGACUUUGUGCAAAAGCAUCGAUCCAGUAUUAAUCAAACGGUAGCCGCACAAACGCAAAUUGAUCCGGAUGUACUACGAAAUGCUCCUGUCUCGCUGCGAACGGGUAUGACACAGGCAGUAGCAUCUCCACGAAACCUUCCCGAACCGAUCGCCCAACCAAGGACACUUCGGGGUAUGCGAAAUCAAAGGGUACACGCACAGCUGGAACACGUUAAUGGGAAUACACCUGCAGUACAAAUUCCACCUCCAAGAGCACGCGCCAGUGACUCAAACGCAUCGGAAACAUCGGCGUAGAAAAAAAAUGUUUGGGGUGACGAGUGUAUCUAAACAGAAUGACGAAUAAAUGUUUUGAAGCUUA